ACUGUAUGGCGUAGUGCCGCACGACUGGCGCCUAGGGUGAAUGUGGGAUGAGAAGACUUGAAAGGUGGGGAGAGACAGGGGAAACCGGGAGGAAAAUGGAGUCAGUCUGGACUGGGAUAUUUUAUGAUCAUCCGAAGUAGGUCGGUCGAUCUGAAUUGGAAACUCUCGAUCCCGCGUUUGCAGCAAACGGGAAAACGGCUGCGGGCCUCAGGAGAUUAAUUGAGAAUAAUCGAGACCGACAUCUCAAGACAAGCUCUGACGGUGAGCAGAGUCAUCAGGAUCUGAAUAUCAUUGGCAUUUAACUGUGGAAGUAUAAAGGUUUGCCUGUUCUGUCUCUGGGAAAAUAUCUCUGCUAUGUUUGUUGUUUUGCAAUGAGAGAUUUCAAAUGAAACCACAUCCAGAUCUGACAGUCACUCUGUUUGUAAUAACCUAAUUAUCUGAGGAUUUUGAACACUGGAGGAAAAAGCACUGUUCACACUGGGUAGAAACACGUAUCGACUGUGUGUGGAAGAGUCUGUGAAGAUUCAUCUGAAAUGUCCAAACGCCAGUGCACUCACACGGGUGAGAGACUGUGGAAAUGUGGGGAUUGUGGGAAGGGAUUUCUUUACCCAUCCCAGCUGGAAAUGCACCAACGCAGUCACACUGGGGAAAAACCAUUCACCUGCUCUGAUUGUGGGAUGCGAUUCACUAGGUCAUCCAGCCUGCAGAUACACCAGCGAGUUCACACUGGAGAGAGACCAUUCACCUGCUCCCUGUGUGGGAAAGGAUUCAGUCAGUCAUCCAACCUGUUGAAACACCAGCAAGUUCACACUGGGGAGAGACCAUUCACCUGCUCCCUGUGUGGGAUGGGAUUCACUCAGUCAUCCAGCCUGCUGAGACAUCAGCAAGUUCACAUUGGGGAGAGACCGUUCAUUUGCUCCCAGUGUGGGAUGGGAUUCACUCAGUCAUACCACCUGCGGAUACACCAACGCAGUCACACUGGGGAGAAACCAUUCGCUUGCUCCGAUUGUGGGAAGGGAUUCACUUUGUCAUCCAGCUUGCGGAAACACCAGCGAAUUCACACCGGGGAGAGACCAUUCAGCUGCUCUGAAUGUGGGAAAGGAUUUGCUCAGUCAUCCAGCCUGCGGAUACACCAGCGAAUCCAUACUGGGGAGAGACCGUUCACUUGCGCUGUGUGUGGGAUGGGAUUCACUCAGUCAUCCAGCCUGCGGAUACACCAGCGAGGUCACACUGGGGAGAGACCGUUCACUUGCGCUGUGUGUGGGAUGGGAUUCACUCAGUCAUCCAACCUGCAGAUACACCAGCGAGUUCACACUGGGGAGAAACCAUUCACCUGCUCCCUGUGUGGGAGAGGAUUCAGUCAGUCAUCCAACCUGCGGAGACACCAGCGAGUUCACACUGAGGAGAAACAUUCACUCAGUUAACACACCAGCGUGUUCACUCUGGGGAGGGACCAUUUACUUGUUCCGUAUGUGGGAAGGGAUUUACUCUGUCAUCCAAAAUGCUAACAUACCAGUGAGAUGACACUGGAUGGAUCCUGGUCACCUGCUCUGUUUGUGUAAAAUAUUUGCUGUUUGCAAAUACAUUGGCAAAUUUACAAAGAAUUGCAGGUGAAGGGUUUUCCUUUUGCUUACAUCAUUGACUGAACCUUGGUCCUUGGGCUGUUUGUAUUGAUAUUAUUAAACCCAACUCUAUUAAAGGUGCUGAUAAAAUUGUCAAUAAAAUGUUGAUACAAUUG